AUGUUGCUUCUCAUAAGUAUCCACCUAGUUCUAGCGGUCCUUUCAGGAGCUGAAGGCUCCGAGAAACCCAAGGAGUUUUUAAUCUCGGAAACAGCAAAAGAGGAUCUCAUGAAACUGGAUAAAGAUCUGAUCACUAAUUUAAUGGAAUAUUCAGACAAACUAAAAGAGAAAAUUACACAACUACAGAGUCUUGCUCGGGAAAUCAGACAACCCCUGGACGCUGCCAAAGGUGUGGAAGAGGAGUAUAUGUCCAAUCCUUUGCACAGCUUUCCCCUCAUUCGGCACAUGUAUCACGACUGGCAUUAUCUGGAGGAGUUUAUGAAAAAACCAGUAGGACAAGCUGAGAUCGAUUUCCUCAAAGAGAAAUUACCAGAAUUGCCUACAUCGGAGGAUAGCAAAGAUGCCUCUACAGCCAUGUUUCGCAUAGCCAGGACCUACAAUGCAACUCCCUGGGAAAUAGCUCACGGUCUCAUCGAUGGCGUCGACCUAGGAGACGCAACGACCCCUCUAACCCCUCUGGAUUUCUUUGAGAUUGGUAAACUUUGCUUCCAGUGGGAACAAACCGAGGAGGCCUUAAAAUGGUUUUCGAGCAUCCCACUCUUUGAGGAUUUUGCGGAUGCCCAGGAAGUCUUGGGAUACCGUGUGAAUGACGCUGUAUUGAUGACGGCUCGCUGUCUGGUAGAAAUGGGCCUGCCAAAUGAAGCUGAAAAUGUUUUGAGGCAGCAGCCCGAUAUUGCAAACAACACGGCUACUCUAAUAGCCCUUUACCAGAACCAGUCCUACUAUCCACGUGAACAGGGGCCGUACGUGCCGGAAGAGUACUCAAAGUUGUGCCGAUCCUCGCAUGUUUCGAGUCCCUCUAGACUCCACUGUCGCUACAACAGCACCACCUCGCCCUUUUUGAUCCUGGCUCCCCUUAAGAUGGAGGAGCUCUCACUAGACCCCUACAUUGUAGUCUAUCACGACGUUCUGUCGGAGAAGAAAGCCAAGAAGAUAAUUCGCUUAGGGGACCCUCGUGUAGAGGCCACAUAUGUCCUUGAUAGUAAAUUGGGUAAGGUGAAGUCCAGCGAACGCACAGCCUUGGGUACCUGGAUUUCUCGUCGUUCAAUGGGUUGGCACCAUUGGCCAUUAUUGAGAUACAUAUCUCAACAGAUUCGGGAUAUAUCCGGACUUAAAGUCGAGGAUCUGUUUGCGGUGCAGCUGGUUAAGUACGGAUCCGGGGCUCAUUAUGCCCCACAUUUUGAUUAUUUCAACACAUCAAACAAAUCCAUCAAGAAAAACGGCGAUCGGAUCGCCACACUUCUCUUUUAUCUUAAUGAUGCCCCACAUGGCGGUGCUACUAUUUUUCCCGAUUUAAAACUCAACGUGAAUGCCGAGCGAGGAAAGGUCCUUUUCUGGUAUAACCUGAAGGGAGAAACGCACGAUUUCGAAGAGAAAACCUUGCAUGGUGCCUGUCCCGUCUUCAAAGGCUUCAAAUAUGUAAUGACCGCUUGGAUAGACGAGUGGGAUCAGAUGUUCAUCCAACCCACCAUCCGCCAAGGAAGCCGACAUCAUUUUAACUGAAACUUUAUAGUUUUUAGCUCCUUACGUUUUAAUAUUUUCUGAAAUAUAAAUAUUUGUCUGCUGCUUCCAACA